UCGAGUUAUGUAGGUUCGCUGGAUCUAUAGCCUAUACUGAGGUGUUUCUCUUUGUUUGACAUCGGCUGUUCGCGGUUUAGGUCUCAUGUCGGGGGCUUCCGACAGAAGACUGACUUCGGACUGGCAGCUGAAGUUUCGGUUUGAGCGGGAGAGAAAGAAAGGAAAGGUAUUUUGUUUACCACUGAAGAGAUUUCCAUGAGAAAACCUGUUUACGAUAAGUAGGCUGAUAUCAGUUCUGAGCCUGUACUAAUAAUGUUACAAUAGCAUCUCAAUACCACUGAACAAAAGAGGGCAUAAUAUAAUGUAGCGUAUAAAGUGUCUUGAAGCAGAAGCAGUAGCCCCGUAGAUGUAGGCUGAAGCCUUUCAACAGAUAUUGACACAAGAAGAAACAACUCAUCAGCAACUUAAGUGAAGAAGUUUUUCACAGAAUCUCCACCAGUGGCUGGCCUGCUUAGUGUUUACUGUCAAUUUCCUCUAACAAAACCUGAUGGCUUUGGGACCAUGCAGUGAAGAGAUACAAAAACGUCGAGUGGAGCUUGUGGAGAACUGGAGCACACACCUGGACCCUCUCCUGGAACUCCUCUUCAAUGUGGGAACGGUGACGGAGGAGGACCUCAGCUUUAUUAGAGGUGGAGGGUGCACAGGUGAACGGGACUGCUUAAGGACACUGCUGGAUGUUCUUCAAGGCAGAGGAGAGGAAGCAUGUCGAGCCUUUCUGUAUGUGCUGUCCAAUGUUCCGCCUUCGUCUGCGAUUGGUGGAGCCACCCUGUUUCCCCAGAACACUCUGAAGGAACAUCUCCAAAAACACAAGGACAUUGUAGCCAAGCAACAUGCUCCAGCCAAUUACCUCAGCAUUGCAAGACGGGCCUCCAGGCCUGCCGAGGUGGACUCUUUCACAGACAUUUCUUUUUCAAGGCAUGUGGGAUACCUUGUGCCACUUCAGUACCAGCACGAGGCAGCAGUGGUUGGGGAUCCCUUCAGGGCAGGGCGGGGUGAGGCUAGGCGGCAGGGUGAGACUUGUGCUUUUAGAGAUGUAUAUGAAAGCCUGGUUUCUGCCUCAAAAGAUGGUGUGACGCUGCUCUCUGGGGUUGCUGGAAGUGGCAAAACCACAGUUGUAAGACAGCUGGUGCAAGAGUGGGCUGCAGAUGCAGACUCCCAGAAAAUCGUCUUGUCCAUGUCUUUCCGUGAAAUAAACCUGAUUACUGAGCCCCAGAGCCUACAAGGGCUGAUAUCUGAUCAUUAUAGUAAUUUAAAGCCUAUCUUGCCAGACUUAAUGACCUCAAACCAAAGCCAGAUUUUGCUUAUCCUGGAUGGGCUUGAUGAGUUCUGUUUCCCUUUGGACUUUGACCGCACCCCUAAAUGUUCAGACACUGAGCGGGAGCUGUCUGUAGGAGCGCUGGUGGUGAAUCUGAUCAAGGGCAACCUUCUGCCAGGCGCUGCCAUUCUUCUCACUUCUCGGCCCCAUGCUGUCACCAAAGUACCCCAGCUGUUGGUCAGGCAGUUCUACAGUGUGUUGGGGUUUUCCCCAGUUCAGCAGCGGCAGUACUUUGAGCAGAACUGCAGCUCUAGCCAAGCUGCUGUUGCAGUAUGGAACUUUGUGUCUUCCCACAGACCCCUUCAGCUCAUGUGUCACAUCCCUGCCUUCUGCUGGAUUGUCUCCACUGCUUUGCACGAUGGCACUUCCUGCCUCUUUUCUGACAUGGCAUUAAUGGGUGCUGCAUCGCAAGAAAGUAGAAGUGGCUGCACUGAGGCAGUAAGUGGUGAUAAAUGCUAUGAUCAAUCCUCAUCUGAGCCAAAUACGUGGGUAGCAAAUGGCCUAGCUGCUCAAAGUUGCUCCAGACCGGUCACGAUCACUGAAAUCUACUGCUGCUUCCUUAAAUCCAUCGUUGUCUUCCAUGUGGGUGGUUGUGUGGAGGGCAUGCAUCUCAACAGGCUCCAAGAUGCCCCUCGUGUCCUAAAGGAGAACAGAGUGAAGCUCAGAAGUCUAGGAGCUUUGGCCUUCAGAGGCCUGGUGGAGAGACGAUUCCUUUUUGACCUCUCAGACCUGGACUCUUUCUCCCUGGAAAGCUGCGAGCUGUCACGAGCUUUCAUGGUGGAAAUCCUUAAAGAGGACAAAGCUUCACUCACCUACGAAAAGAGCUUCCAUUUCAUCCAUACCAGUGUGCAAGAGUUCCUAGCUGCACUUUAUUAUGUGUUAGAGUCAUUCUCAGGUUCAGACCCAUUCUCAGGACUCAAGCCAACGGUGGGCCUGCUGCCUCCAGCAAUGCACAAGCAUCUAGUGACUUUUGUUAAUAAGCUGCGACAGCCACAACAUCUCUUACGCAGACGUGUUAAGAAAGCUCUCCACUGCGGAGAGAGUCAUCAAUCAGGACACAUGGAUCUCUUCUGCAGAUUUGUGUCUGGCCUGUUAGUCCCCAAGACCCGUUUCAUCUUGGAUGGUCUUUUCUCUGGUGAGCCCAGACCUCGAUUGCCCUCAUGUGUGCCUUUGCCUUCCACGCCUUUUCCCUUCGUCCUGCAGCUGCUGCGCUCCCAGCUUCACAGCUCCAGCCUCAGUCCAGAGAGGCAGCUGAACGUGUGCCACUGCCUUUAUGAGGCUCAGGACCCAGAGCUACCUCUGCGUCUGCAGCGCUGGCUGAAGGUUCUUUCCCAGCAGACCUCAGGUCAGUGUGACUCAGUGAACAGGGACUGGAGUGAACUGGCUUUUCUCCUGCAGCUGAGCCCAGACCUGCAGCAGCUGAAUCUGGAUGCUCAGGGGCUGGAUGCAGAGGGACUGCACAGACUGCUGCCUGUGCUUCCCCUCUUCUCCACCCUCAGCGUGGCACAGAAUCCUCUUGGUCCAGAGGGGGCAGAGGUGUUAUCUGCAGCACUGCGGAGCCCGGACUGUCAAAUCGAAAGGCUUUGGGUGGUAUCAACAGAGCUGGGCUGUGAGGGGCUCAAGAAUUUAACAAAGGGACUUAAAGACAACCACACAGUGUUUGACCUCAGAAUGGCAAUCAAUCGUAUUGGUGACGAUGGAGCUGCUAGCCUUGCUGAGUUAUUGAAGACCAAUCGCACUCUGAGAGAUAUCAGGCUUCGAGAUAAUUUAGUGACAGACAGAGGAGCAGAACUCCUGAUGGAAGCCCUGAUGGAGAACACUACUUUAGAAUACCUCUGGUUGUUUGACAACAAGCUUUCCAAGGAGUGUGUUCAGCGGCUCAAAGAAUUUUCAAAGAGCAGAUCCAACCUUGACAUCAAAGUCUGUUACUGAAACCACAACCAGCAAUGUGUUUGACAACCAGGUCUAGUGUUAUUGAGACACAUACUUUAGUAUGUCAUUUUCUGUGGUGGUGAUAGUGAAUUGAUAUAAGGGAAUAUGUGCAAAUCAAGACUUUUUGUUACAUUGUAGUGAAAGUAUUUUUUAACUUUGUUUCAUAGAAAUUCUGGAGAAUUUUAACAGUAAAGGGCAACUUAUCCUAUCAGAUCAUGCACAUGAAUUUGCCAACAGAACAGCAAUUCCCAAAACAGUAUUCCCAAGUACAACUCUACAAUUUAUUCUAGCCCUAACCUUAACUAUAGGCAAAUUGGACAGAGCAGACUUUUACAAUUUUGCAACCAUGAAACCAUGUGAAAUUUACCAUGACCAUAAUCAAGGCUGAUAGAGAAACACAAUGUACAGAUCUAGAAAUUUGACCUGCUCAGCAGUCUAGUCUGUCAUGCUGAAAUAACAUCUACUUUCACAAUGAUUUUACAUAGUUUGCACUGUUUUAAAGUGAGUUCUACACUGUUACCAUCAUAGACAAAUUGCACACGUACUUUCUUGGUAUGCAUAUGCCUUGACUCACCGUCUACUUCUGGUUGUGUGCAUCACAUGCAAAGGGAGGAGAGGAAGAGUAAAUGCUGCCUUUUCAUGCCUGGUCAUGUGCCUAUUGAAUUCGCUAUAAGGAAAUGAUUGUAUUAAAAACAUGAUUCCCCUUCCCCAUCAUUCCUUUCAGCCCACCAGAUCAAACUGUUUGCCUGCACUGGACAUGCAGGCAGUCUUUUUACCUUCUACCAGACAUUCAGCAAAACAAUAUUCAGUUCAGAUGGUAAUAUUUUACAGUUUUAUUCUGGUUUAGCAUUCUGACUGUUACAGUAAAUGACAAAUAUAUUUAUUUAUUU